GCAUCAUGUCGAUGGCAGUUCGAUUUGUAUUCACAAAAAUUCCGAGCCAUAACGUGUUUGGCAGAAACUUGUUUUCGUCAUCAUCAGCUAAAGGAACUCGACGUUUCCACGCCACGACCGCUGCGGCACAACAACAUUUGCAAACGUUAGCUACAGAUAAACGCAAGAAAAUGUCCAACUAUCAAAUUGUCGAGAAGGGUGCUCCCAAUUCAACAAAUUACAGCAUUUAUUUCAAAACUGCUUGCGGUAAAGGUGUUUCUCCAUUGCACGAUAUCCCCCUCUAUGCCAAUGAAGAGAAGACCGUGUACAAUAUGGUGGUUGAAGUACCACGUUGGACAAAUGCUAAAAUGGAGAUUAGCUUAAAGAAUCCCUUGAACCCCAUCAAACAAGAUGUUAAAAAGGGUAAAUUGCGUUUCGUUGCCAAUUGCUUCCCCCACAAAGGCUACAUCUGGAAUUAUGGUGCCUUCCCACAGACAUGGGAAAAUCCCGAUCACAUUGAACCCAGCACUGGCUGCAAGGGUGAUAAUGAUCCCAUUGAUGUCUUGGAAAUUGGUUAUCGUGUUGCCAAACGUGGUGAAGUUGUUCAAGUUAAAAUUUUGGGCACCAUUGCUCUAAUCGAUGAGGGUGAAACUGAUUGGAAAAUUAUUGCCAUUGAUGUUAAGGAUCCAUUGGCUGAUAAGCUGAAUGAUAUCGGUGAUGUUGAUAAACAUUUCCCCGGUUUGUUGAGAGCCACCGUUGAAUGGUUCAAAAUCUACAAGAUUCCCGAUGGUAAACCCGAAAAUCAAUUUGCUUUCAAUGGUGAUGCCAAGAAUGCCGCCUUCGCCACCAAUGUUGUGGCCGAAACUCACAAAUUCUGGCAGGGUUUGAUUAGUCAACAAUUGGAGGGUGGUUCUAUUUCAAGAUUGAACACAACCGUCACCGAUUCACCAUUCCUUACAAAUCCCGAUGAGGCUGAAAAAAUUAUCUCUGAAGCACCCGAAGGUGGUGAUGUUGAAGAGGUCACCGACAUAGUCGAUAAGUGGCAUUUCAUUCAUCUUAAGUGAAACAAACAAGGCUCCGCAACAUUGAUAUUUAUGAAAAAUGUUUGUAUUAAAUGGUAUAAGAAACCUUGAAUUUACUUACUUGCAUAUUGUAAUGUAAUACAAGUUC